AUGCUACCCUUCCAAUCCAAUGUUGGGCGCGAGAUCAGAAAGGAUACCAGCGCCAAAACUUCUAGUUCCGGACUGAACGCAAGUAACGGCCAAGCUCGCGAGGACUUCGGCUCAGAGAAUGCUGCAACAAUGGCAAUAGCAUGGCAGAAGACAGCUACAUUAUUCGCCGGGUUAGAGCAGAAACUCAAUCUUUCUAACUGCGAUAUCGCCGCAAAAUUUCUCCGUGUUCAGACGGCGGCAGAAAACUUUGUUAUCAUUCGACAAGAAGUGAAGGCACUAAAGGAUAGUGUUGCCCGACAACUUGAAGAACAAGAAGAAGAACUGGAAACCCAGAAAGAUCAACACGCGGAGGAGUUGAAUGAACUCUGCAGGCAGCUAUUUGAGAAGGUCAAGGAAAAUGCUCAAUUAAAGACGGAGGUAACAGCUCUCUCUGAGAUGAACUCGACGCUCAAGCAGGACAACACAAGAUUGUUGCAUGAACUAGUUUACGAGACAGAAAAAUGCGUCAUGCACCAAAGAUCGAAACACAGUCUCAAACAUCAGCUGGAGCUUGCAGUGGAUGUAGAGGACUACUUCGAAGCUAAGGAAGAAAACAUGAGACUUCAAACUCAGAUUGAGGAGAUUGAGGGGGAAAAAGCAAAUCUUCAGUCGAAGGUUAACGAGCUGGUGCAGGAACUCACUCUUAAAAACCCGCUGGUGUUGGUGGGUGCUGCAAUUAGAUUAAGAUUCCUCGAGCAAGCCAAAGAGUUCGUCAUUAAUAAAAGGGAUCGCCCUGAGCUCAACCGCGAGCUGCGAAGCGAGGGGAAUCUGGCAGCCCAUUAUGGCAACAUCAUAGCAGACGAAUCUCUCUUCAAGCUUGAGUAUAUCCCGCUAGAUUGCCUGGAAAUUACUAGAAGAGUAUUCAGAGAGCUAUAUAGCUGUUAUCCAGACCGCCGUCGGUACUUUGACUCUAUUGAGAUUCGGCUUUCGAAUAUCCUUGCUGCUAAUCGAGCCCACCGAAGGACAGAAAGCUCGGUAUCACAGCGCAAAGACCUGAUGGAGAUGUAUCAACAGCUCCAGAUAUUGCAAGACUCUGACGAACCUUCAACGGUGGAAAUCUCGAAUCAUGUGACGGCGAUCGAGCUGAUAACCGACCACAUCAUUGAUUUGGACUUGAGAACCCGUCGCGGAUGA